CAGCAUCCCUUGUCACUACACCCGGCUUUUGCCUGUCUUCUUAAAAUCAUGGCGGUGUACAGCAAGUACUUGACUGUUAGGAAUUCAUCUGCAGCUACCGCUGCGCUUUUUGUUCUAUAUUUGCUAAGCAGAAGGCGGAGCAGUACUAAUCUUAACAGCAAGAAAAAUGGGAAGUCUCAAGCAGUGCAAAACACUGAGAAGGAGGGGAAGAAGGAGAAGGCUGUGGUUGACCGAAUAUUUUUCUCAAGGAUCCAUCGAAUUUUGAAAAUAAUGGUUCCAAGAACCUUCUGCAAAGAGACAGGAUACCUCGCCCUCAUCGCUCUUAUGCUUGUUGCUCGUACCUACUGUGAUGUAUGGAUGAUUCAGAAUGGGACCAUGAUAGAAAGUGCAAUUAUUGGCCGUACUACGAAAGAUUUCAAGAGAUACUUAUUCAACUUCAUCGCUGCCAUGCCUGUUAUCUCGUUAAUAAACAACUCCCUGAAACUUGGCUUGAAUGAGUUGAAGCUUUGUUUUCGUGUAAGGCUCACUAAGUACCUCUAUGAGGAAUACUUGAAGGGAUACACUUAUUAUAAAAUGGGAAAUCUGGACAACAGAAUAUCAAAUCCAGAUCAGCUGUUAACACAAGAUGUGGAAAAGUUUUGUAACAGUGUUGUGGAUUUGUAUUCUAACCUUAGCAAGCCCCUGCUGGAUAUCUGUUUGUACAUCUUCAAGUUAACAAGUGCAAUAGGUGCUCAGGGACCAGCUAGCAUGAUGGCCUACUUGAUAAUUUCAGGGUUUUUUUUGACUCGUUUAAGAAGACCUAUAGGUAAAAUGACCAUCACAGAGCAGCGUUAUGAAGGAGAGUACAGAUAUGUCAACUCACGACUUAUCACAAACAGUGAAGAAAUUGCUUUUUACAACGGUAAUAAGAGAGAGAAACAGACAAUUCAUACAACUUUCCAAAAACUGGUGGAUCACUUGCACAAUUUCAUAAUAUUCCGUUUUUCCAUGGGAUUUAUUGACAGCAUAAUUGCUAAAUAUUUUAGGACAGUAAUUGGGUGGUUACUGUACUCCCCUCCCUUCCUAGGCGUCUCUCACUCCAGGCAUCAUAGCAUGGCUUCUGACUUAACCAGGACAUGCUGGAGAGAUGGCUACAUUUUGCAGAGACUGUCUCAGGCUUUAAGAAGGGUAGUCCUCAGUCGGCCCGAAUACCAGAGGCUUAGUGGGUUCACAGCUCGAAUUACAGAACUCAUGCAGGUACUAAAGGAAUUGAAUAAAGGCAAAUAUGAGAGAACUAUGAUUUCUCAACAAGAGAAAGGUACAGAAGAAAAUCCGGUUAUUCCACUGAUACCUGGUAGUGGAGAAGUCGUUAUAGCGGACAAUAUUAUUAAAUUUGAACAUGUGCCUUUAGCAACACCCAAUGGAGACGUAUUGAUUCAGGACCUUUCAUUUGAGGUAAGAUCUGGCACCAAUGUUUUGGUGUGCGGUCCUAACGGGUGUGGAAAAAGCUCUCUGUUCCGUGUACUUGGUGAGUUGUGGCCUUUAUUUGGUGGGAAGCUGACAAAACCAAAUCGUGGAAAGUUAUUUUAUGUUCCUCAGAGACCGUAUAUGACUCUAGGAACACUCCGUGACCAAGUGAUAUACCCAGAUACAGCUGAGGAUCAGAAAAAGAGAGGAAUAUCAGAUCAGGUACUUAAAGAGUAUUUAGACAAUGUUCAGCUGGGUCCUAUUCUGGAUCGUGAAGGAGGUUGGGAUACUGUUCAAGACUGGAUGGACGUGCUCAGUGGAGGAGAAAAACAAAGAAUGGCGAUGGCUCGAAUAUUUUAUCACAAACCACAGUUUGCUAUCUUAGAUGAAUGCACAAGUGCUGUCAGUGUUGAUGUUGAAGAACAUAUAUACAGUCACUGCAGAAAGGUUGGCAUCACUUUAUUUACAGUGUCUCACAGGAAGUCUCUUUGGAAACAUCAUGAGUUUUACCUGCACAUGGACGGCAGAGGAAAAUAUGAAUUCAAGGAAAUCACAGAAGACACUGUCGAGUUUGGAUCCUAAAUGUACUUUUGCUCCAGCUGAGAUCAUUGGAAAAGACGGGAUUUGAAAGACCACCUAUGGCACUUGCUGCCUCUUAAUCUGUAAACUAAAACUGUUAGAUCUGCUUUUAAGUAACUUGUAAUUAAGAUCUGUUAUGGGUGGACAUGUAACAAAUUGUGUCUAAGUAGUGGGACACACAUUAAUGUUAAAAUAUUGCUAAUGACUGUAUAUAUUAAGCUAAAUUGAUAUUGCACUAAAAUGUUCAUAAAUUAAUAGUGGACUAUGGGUUGGGUAUUCAGAUUUAUAAUCUGGUUUGAAAAAAGAGCAACACUAGUCAUGUAAUUUGGCUAACAUAUAAAAUACUCAUCCCUGUUUGUAUUUAUUUUGUUUAUUCUCAGAAUGUUUGAUUUUUGAAACGUUGAAAAUGAAUGCAUUUUUAACAGUGGUAUCAUGUUUGUCUAGUCAAGAAAGCAUUUCAUAUGACGUUGUAUACAGGAGGCUGCUUAGUUUUCUUCAUCCUAACCUUUUGGGGGGGAUUUUCACAAAAAGUUAAUUAAAUUACAGAUGUCUCAGAAUAAUUGCCCAUUUUCCAUUUUCUCUUGUUUUUAUUGCUAUUUUAAAGUAUUGCACAGAUAGUAAUCCAAGAACGUUGUACUUAACAGUCCGUACUAUUUACAGCUUGAUCAUUCUGCAUUUUGUACCUUUGACAUUUUAAUCCAGAGUAUGACGUGCCUGCAUAAGAGGCAGUAGAUGGACAGAAGAAAAAAAAACACUUUGCAUACCCAGGUAGUCUUAAUGCACAAAGAAAUGUAGGAAGUAGUUGUUGAACUGAAUUUGAUUGUUGCAAAGACUAGAGUCUCCUGUGGUAAGCAACAAUAAAAAUUAUAGUAACAUUUCAGCUGUUUUUUUGAAGAGGAUUAUGUAACAUUAAGUUGGAAACACUACUUGAAGGCCUUCUUUGGUCAUGUAAUGACUUUAGCAUUAUGAGUAACUUGCAAUUUUACAUUAAAAGCAAGUAUUUUUUAAACCCAUAUGUUUGCUUGCAUUUUGCUGAGGGCAGAAUGUAUGAAGUGCCUCUGUGUAUUAACAGGGACAACGUAAGCAUGAUCUGUAAAGUUAUAAAUUCUCAAUAGUCAUUCAUUUUUCUGUUACCCAUUUUAUCUAGUUCAUGGUCAUGACACAGCUUUAACUUUUCCAGACCCUCAGUGGGCACAAGACAGGAAAUUAAUACUAGAUGGGAUGUUGCAAUAUUCUAGGCUACAUGUGUGUGCACACACUCUCUCUCUCUCUCUCUGACCACCAUUUGACAACUUGGAUGACUGUCUGUUCACCUAAGGCAUGCCUACAAGAUGAAAGGGGAAAAAGUAGAAACUAGGGAGGAUGUGCAGAGUCUGCACAGAUGCACCCCAGCUUAGAAUCAAACUGGGAAGCCAAGUGCCAUAAGGCAACAAUGCUAACCACUAUGCCACUGUACUGCCCUUAAGCUCUCAGUAUAGACUUCCAAUAGGUUUUAACACCCUAAAUUCAGAGCAUUUCUUUUUAAUUUAGAUGGCAGUAUGUGAUCUUUGAGAGAGACAUAGUAAGCCUAAUGUUGAUAAUGUCUGAAGAAAUAAGUAAAUUGUAACCCCCGUUCGUGGCUGGCCUGCACAGUCGCAUAACAAUAAGGACCUGCUUAUGUACUCCCCCAGACACUUCUACAUUCCAAUAUACAUUGCCCUUUGAAAGCAGAUGGCUUGGUAAAGCUAAUCUCACAUCCACAGUUCACAAUGCUGCUUGUAUACAUCUCCUAAGUGCAGUGGAGUGAACCCACCUACUCCAUCUCCUGGAUGGGUAAGCUUGGCAUCAUCUGCUCUCUUCCAUCCACAUUGGCUCCUCUAGCUCUCUGAUAGCAACUCAAUCAUGAGUUUUCUGAGUUGUAGUCAGGGUUUAUCCUAAUAUGUCACAAAGCCAGCACAUGUUAAAAAGUACCUUUUCACCAAAGAUUAUAACUUAGUUUGAAGCAACACAAAUUUCAUUCACUGUUUUUUUGCUUUUCUCACUGUUAAUGUGGCUUAACUGUUUUUUCUGCACACGUAUUUGAGCUGUUUCUGAGAAGUGAAGGCUAUGACUUGCAGUAGGUACUGUACAAAAAUCUUAACCAUAAAGAUUUGGUCUUGUUCAAAAUUUUGUAUCUUAUAAAAUUUAGUGCAUGCUUUCAGCUUUGCUGCUUUGUGCUUUUCCUUCACAUUUUCAGAACAAAUCAUCUUGUGACUUAACUUUAUGAGCCAAAGUGAUAAAACAGUUUAUCACCAAGAUGAUAAUGCUACCCACUGACUGUAGAGAAAAUCUUUGGAGAUAGAUUUACAAAAAUGACUACUGAAAUUUGAGAGAAGGGGGACCACUGCACAGUAUUUGAAAGUUUGGUUCAAAAAUGCCUUUGACAAUGUGUCCAGGUUAGUAUUAAACGUGAAGAACUUGCGGAGUCCAUUGAAACUAAGCACAAGUAAUGUAUGUACUUAAAACCAAACCGCACUUUAAAAAGUAACAGUUUAGUACUUUCAUCUCUGCACAUACAAAGAGAUGUUUUCAGAACUGGUUACAAAGAAAAACAGAAAUAGCUUGUAUAAUGCAUCCACAAUUGCAUGAUUAGAUUACACCAGUAACAUUCUACAUUGCUCUUGUUGGCCUUUAUUUUAAGGCACUUCUGAUGCUAAGGAAACCAUUUAAGCCUAAGUUUUGGCUAGCAUUCAAUUCAAGUUGCCAAAUCAGUUAUUUGUAUUAUAGCUUUGCUUCAAAAUCACUACCAUUCAAUUUAGGUUCAACUCUGAGUUAUCUGCAAACAAGAUUUUGUUUUGAAAUUGUUACAUGUUGAAUGAUUAUAUAAGGCAUUGCUGGCAUAUUUUGAAUGAAUUGCAAAACAGUUAUAAAUAUGCUGGUUUAAUCUUUCUCGAUUUCUUAACCUGUAUAAAACAUCAGAAUUCACACACUUGGUAAUAGACAAUAUUGCAGCUGCUGCAUUUAAUAAAACAUUCUACAGAAAUGCUGUAGUCAGUGUUUGUAAGCUACAAGGUAAAUAAAAGAACCUUGAUUUGUCAACUUG